AUGAUGCGCCUUCGUUUCGAACAUGUGGAGAGGCGGGCGCCCAGGGCGUUCUUCGAUGUCGUUCAGCUGGCGCUGACGGCGGUACUCCUCGUGCGCCUGGCGCGUGCGCGCGACUCCGCGCUUAGUUGGACCGGCGGAUGCGAGGGAGAGCAGCAACAGGCAGACGAGGGAGAAGAGAACGAGCUGCAUGGAGAAGGUGUCUGUAAUUUCGUCACUACUCCACCCCCCCGCGCCUCGCCUCACCCUUUUUUCUUUCCCCUCCCCCUCGUCGCCCCUCAUCCCCCCACAGCUUCCUUUCCGCCACCAACCCGCCUUUGCCCCACCUAUCCGCGGAGCCCCGCCUCUCCUCCCGCUCUUCCCGAGCCGCUCAUUCCUCUCGGCCAAUCAGAGCUGCGCGUGUCACCGCUGGGAAUCGGCACGCUCCAAUGGGGCGAUCCGCGGUCGGGCUUUGGUGAACAGUACUCCGCUGCUGACCUGGCAGAGGCCUUCCGGGCGGCGCUGGCGGGCGGCAUCAACCUGUUUGAUUCUGCAGAGGUCUACGGCUACCAAAGCAUCCCAACGGGUAACUCCUCCGAGCAGCUUCUGGGAAGGUUCGUGGCGGAGGAGAAGGCGAGGAGGCUCCAGGAGGGAAGCGACAGCUCGCAGCUCCCAGCACCUGUAGCAGCUACCAAGUUCUUCACCAUCCCCUGGACCAACCUGCUCGUGGGUGGCGGGCUGCGAUUCGGCCGCCAGUCGCUGAUAGAUGCUCUCAAGGCGAGCCUGCAGCGCCUUGGCAUGGAGCGAGUUGAUCUCUACCAGAUCCAUUUUCCCUUCCCCACCAUCAGCAACGCCACGCUAAUGGAUGGGCUAAAGCAGGCGCAUGCAGAGGGGCUGGCCACGGCUGUGGGUGUGUCCAACUAUAACACACAGCAGUUGCAAGAGGCGCAUUCUCUUCUCAAAGCAGCAAAUAUCCCGCUUGCCUCAAACCAGGUCAAAUUCAACCUCUUGGACCGAGGCACAGAGACCAACGGUUUGCUGCACGCAUGCAAGGACCUGCAAGUGUCGCUCAUAGCCUACUCGCCCCUGGCAUCGGGCCUGCUCACGGACAAGGCGCUCACACGCACAGACAAGGAUGCAGUGCGGGUUCGUCCCUUGCUGGAGCUGAUGAGGGGGAUCGGGGAGGAGUAUGGCGGCAAGAGUGUUUCUCAGGUGGCACUGAACUACAUCAUGUGCAAGGGUGCCAUUCCCAUCCCUGGCUGCAAGACAGCAGCACACGCCACAAGCCACCUGGGGAGCAUGGGCUGGCGUCUUACACCUGAGCAAGUGGUGGCACUGGAAGAGAAGGCUGGGCAGGUGAGGUGA